UAUGAAAAAGGACAGUCAUUGCAACAAGGAAAAAACCCUCCAUGACACCAGAACAUACUUUACAUCAAAAAGUCAUCAUCCUGUUGCAUUUACAAGGGCAUAUGGACCACCAAGUCGAGAAAACGAUGGCAAAAGUCAAGAAAAUAUCGCAAUGCUUGGGCAUUCCAAUCUCUCGUCGCAAGUGGCUUAGCCUCGUGCGUAACGACUGGGUCCCUCUGCACUUUUCCCCCGUGUCCUGCUUGUAGUGCCCACCCGAACGAUGAACAGCCACGCAGGGCACACCGGACACGAAGGACAUCCCAUGCCGGGAGCGCCGGGAGGUGACAUGCCGAAUGGCCAUGGUGCCAUGUCCAUGGUCUGGAACUGGGGUUAUGACACUGUGAUUGUCUUUGACUUCUGGCGUACAAAUGGACCAGGCACACUCUUCAUAUCUUGUGUGGUCAUAUUCCUCCUUUCUUUUCUCUUUGAAUAUUUCCGGACCGUGAGAGCCACUCAAGACCGCCGCCUUCUGACGUUGAUGGAAACAGGCGGGCACGAUCGGUAUGAGGAGGAGGGUCUCUUGGGAAAUCGUUCCGUGCGUGGGGAGGGAGAGAGGGAGGAUGAUUUUGAGACUGAAAGUUCGCCAAUACACACCUUUAGAAGGCGAGGUGUUCCUCCUGCGACGGUUGGGCGUGGGGGCAAAAGGAGCAAUGAGAGUCAUGACUGACGAUACUUAUUCGCGCUCCUGUUUGUCUCUUUAGGGCGUCCUACUAUCAGUUCUUGCGGGCUGUUCUGCAUUCCGUCGAAGUAUUUUGUGGAUUUUUCCUCAGUAUGUUUCUUUGAUUUUCCUUUUGAGUGCUGAACGGCGUCAUCACAUUUUAACUGAACCUCUCAAAAGUGAUGGUUUUUAUGACCUUGAACGGAUUUCUCUGCUUGUCCCUCGUAGCUGGCGCUGGCGCUGGGUUUUUUGCAUAUCAGCGGACUCCCGUACCCGUAAUGAAGUCUGCUCUGUCAUGUCAUUGAUAAAUUAUGAAAAUCUAGAACGGGAGUAUAUUGACCCAACUCUAUUGGGCGCAGAGUUUGGCAUCAGGACUGUUCAUUAACAAGGUGAUCCACAGGCCCUAUUAAGUCCAGCAAUUUUAACUCAUCUAGUGAAAUUACAAAUAAUACAACGGAUAUAUUCAACCGGUUGCAGGA